UCUACCGCGUGAUGCUGUUGCUCUCUAUUUGGUCUUAAGAGACCCUCGUGUUCAGACUUCUUUACGGCCACAAGAUCAAGUAAAGGUGCGGAAGUGUCGCGUCAGCCCCAGAAAGAAUACAGCACAAGGGUUUCCCAUUUCACAUGGCCAUACACUGAGGUGUCUAAUGGUCUCCAGCUCAGGGCUGUCCGUUUGAGAAGUGACUCUGAGAAGAGAAGGGCAGAUACUUAAAGAGAGAGAAGAGUUUCCCACAGAGCAUGGCCUUUGCCAAAGAAAAUGGUGUGGAUGAAAGAACGGUGGACAUUAAAGAAGAGGACUGUGAGCGGCUCACACCAGAGGACGUGUGUGUGAAGCUGGAGGAUCACCAAAAAAGAAUUUCAGUUUUUAAAGAGGAGGAGGAGUGCAAGGGGGUGACUGCUGCCAAAAAAGCUGAGGAUUUGAAUGACUUCUCAAUUGGUCUUGAACUUCAAAAGAAUGAAACUGAGGGUAUUUUCAAGCAAGAGGCCAGUGAAGAAUCUCCAUCCAGUUUACAGCCCUGGUCCACUAAUAUGGGACGACUGGCUACGCAGGAGAAUUCUGCAGAGCUGAAAUCAGAGUUAUUAGAGUCUGAAGAGAAAAUCACCGAGGGAAAUGGGAGAGAAGGAGAAGAGCCACCCGGGAGUGUUGAAAUCAAUUUACAGAAGAAUGGCAGCUUCUCUCCACCUUCAUUUGGUCAGCCCUCUCUUCAAUACAAAGUGAAAAGUAUGAAGAAAUCGGCAAGAGGAUCAGAGAACCUGACAGCAGCGUUUUUGCAGUGCAGUUCUCUCCCUGCUACUGGAGUAACACCGACAGAAGCCAUCAUAAAUGAACAACAGCAAGUGGAGAAAGAAAUCCAAAGUCACACUGUUAAAAAAUGUUUUUUUGGAUGUGACAAACAAUUCACACAUAAAAGUGAUCUUAAUAAUUAUAUCAAGAUUCACACAGGAGAAAAACCUCAUUGCUGUUCAGAAUGUGGUAAGUUGUUCUUCAGGAGAGGCAAUCUUCAGAGGCACAGAAGAAUUCACACAGGAGAAAAAUCUCAUCGUUGUCCAGAAUGUGGUAAAUCGUUCUUAAAGAAAAGCAGUCUUCAAAGUCACAGAAUAAUCCACACAGGAGAAAAACCUCAUUGUUGUGUAGAAUGUGGCAAGUCAUUCUCAUGUAUAAGCUAUCUUCAGAGGCACAGAAGAAUCCACAAAGGAGAAAAAACGCAUUGCUGUUCAGAAUGUGGUAAGUCGUUCACAGCGAGAAGUAGUCUUCAGAGGCACAGAGUAAUCCACACAGGUGAAAAACCUCAUUGCUGUUUAGUAUGUGGUAAAUUGUUCUCAUGGAGAAGUGAAUUUCAGUUCCACAAAAACAUUCACACAGGAGAAAAACCUUAUUGCUGGUCAGAAUGUGGUAUGUUGUUCUCAAGCAGAAGCAAUCUUCAGAAACACAGAAAAAGCCAUGCAGGAGAAAAACCUCAUUGUUGUGUAGAAUGUGGUAAGUCGUUCUCAUGUAUAAGGUAUCUUCAGAAGCACAGAAGAAUCCACACAGGAGUAAAACCUCAUUGUUGUCCAGAAUGUGGUAAGUCGUUCUCAUGUAUAAGCUAUCUUCAGUGUCACAGAAGAAUCCACACAGGAGAAAAACCACAUUGCUGUCCAGAAUGUGGUAAGUCUUUCUUAAGGAGACUCUGUCUUCAGAGACACAGAAGAAUCCACACAAGAGAAAAACCUUUUUGCUCCCCAAAGUGUGGCAAACGAUUCUCACGUCAAACACACACAGAAGGAUCCACACUGGAGAGAAGCAAUACAACUGUUCUGAAUGUGAUAAAGGGUACUCUUCCAGAAAAAAGUUUUUGAAGACACACGCAAAGUCAUAUUGGAGUAAAGCCUGUCCCAGAAUAGACAAAUAAUCAUUCAAUUUGUUCAUCAACCAAAAAUAUUGAAGACAAAUCUUAUUAAUGAGGUAAAUGACUCCAGUUAAAAGUAGUUAAUAAGUACAUAACAAUAGUGAAGAAAACACUGAAAGUGGCAAACAGAUCGUAGAGGUAAGGUAACCUCAGAGUCACAUUAUGAAUUCAAACUGGAAUGAAUGCACUGGAAUACAACACAUAUUUCACAAACAGGAAGAAUUUUCUUCAACAACUUAUAGGUGCAAGAAAAAACCUCAUUGUCAUCCUGAAUGUGGUUAACGCUUUUUAGACAGCAGUAGCCUUCAUAGUCCUAAAUGACUGGCCUACUUGUAGUAAGCCUCUUAGCUGUUCUGAAUGCUGAAAGUGGUUCUCCUGUAUCAGCCGUCAUCAGCAACAUGUAAGGUUUCAUGAAGGACACAGAAACUGUACUGCCAGUUCAUCAGCCACACAGCGACUGAUCAUCUCUGCAGCAGUGCUGUGACAUAAGAUGGUGAACAAUACAAACACCAGCCAACAGAAUGAGGUAGCAACAGUACUGUGCAGUGAUAUCAACUUCAACCAUGGAACACAAAUGAAAAAGUUCAACGUAAUAAUGAAAAAAUGGAGAGAUCAAAUCCACAGUGCAGUGCCAACUACCAGGAGGUGCCACUGACAACAAGGAGAAUAUUUUUGUUUCAGAACUUUGGAGAUGGGGCCUUAUCUGAGGAGCAAUGAACUUGUACCAUCUCUGGGAUGUCUUCUGAUGGCUGACGCCUGGUCUGAGUGCAGACAGCCAUUCUUAACUCUGAUAAUGAAGAAGUCAUUUAGUGUUGUCAGCUGACAGCAAGUGCUGUCCAAUCAGAUACUGGGGAGGGACAUUCUAGGAGGACAGGAGACUAAAAAGAGAGCCGUCACAUGACAGACCAAUGUAGACGGGCUUUAUAAGACUGUUAAACUAAUUUAGGUUAUCAUUUAUAAAUGAUAAGAGUCUUUACAAACCAAACACAUUCACAGCUGUGUGUCAAGGGUGAGUCCAAAAGUGGGAAUUUAAGAAGAUCUAAAUUCAAAUAAAAUGAAACAUUCAGGGUUCAAAGAGAAAUGUUUAAGACCUGAAGAGGGAGUCACAACAGCAUGUUAGGCUUAGCACAGGGACCACAGUUGUGAAGAAUAUCAAUUAAUGUAUAGAAGGAAUAUUAUUUAAAAUAGUAAUAAUAAUAAUAAUGUUUUGAGAAAUGGGACACCAUAAUGAAUACAGAAACACAAUGAAAAUGACAUGAACUGAUUUUAUUGUCUGACAUAUAAGAGAAAAUGGAAGACAAAGCAGAAACACACAAGGAUUUCUGCUCCCCUGCUGGUCAUUUGAUAAAUUAACCUAAAAAUAUAAUUGAUGAUCCUUUGCUACAUGUCAGUAUAUCCUGGGUGGUGUGUGAAGGACGCUCUAUACUCCGAAUGUGUUGGUUCAGGUUUCAGUUUGAGUUCAGCACCUUCUUCAUAUCGAUACCCAAGACAACGUUUCUUCACUUCGAGACCACAAGCUGGAGGACACAGGAGCUCAAUAAACUCCAACAGCAGGAUGGACGAUUAGAAAGCUCUGAUUUGAGAGAGUGUCAGCUACACAAAGCUUCGGCUUCAUUUAUUUGACAGAAAACUCCAAAAAGCAGAAGUGGCCCCUUCUGUACCCCCAUCACUGAAGGUCAAAUUUGACCCUCUCACUACACAACGUUGGUUCACUCUGCUUGGACUUUCUGUAUUUUGUAAGUUUGUUUCAUUUUUUGGGCACACUCUUUUUACAUUUUAUUUCACUGAUGUUCUCAAAUGUGUUAGUAUAGCUUGACUCUUACAAGGACUUAUCUAAAAAGGGUACAUUGCCCAUGAAAUGCAAGAAGGCAGAAAAAUUAUAAAAAGUGGAAACCACAAAAUGAAAUGGUGACAUCGAUGAAAUAUGUUCAGUGGCAGAGGUGACGUGGACAAAAUCAGGACAGCACAGUAAGUCAGGUACCAACUGAAAACAAAAGAAGAAAGCUGAUUGGUGGAAAGACCUGUUAGUCACUCCUGAGUGGACUGUUGAGGACAGCCGUGGCAUGCAGACUUCAGAGUUCAUGUGGUUUUGAUUUCAAAUCUGUGACCAUGCACGGAAUACGUCUGUUAUUUAUCAGUUAGCAUGUUCUGAAACUGUAAUGUCAUCACAAAGAUCACACAAACUCGUAAUGUGGCAUUUGUGAUCAAUCACUUUUGUUGAUUUUUAUGGCACCAUUCAUCAGCCCUGUACUGUAUAGAGUGCCACUUCCAGAUCGGCAACCCCACUGCACCCCGUAGCACAUUUGGAGUUUGGGACUGGAGCACAAAGUGGAUGGCACUAUGAGAAGGAGAGACUUGUAAGACGUGAACAAAGCCAGCUGCCCUCCCUGGUCUGUCUUCAUUCAGAAGGACUCACCUGAGUGGUGGGAUUGUUCUGCGGCGCUCCUGUUAGCCGAGAAUUUCAUCAGCUUGCUUUCUGCGUUUCAUCUGAUAACUAGCAGAGUUAAUCAAAGAUGAGCCAGGCCUGUUACAAUGUGAAUGUUCUUGACAUUUUGGUUUGCUUUAAAUAUUGUAUCUGUUGUUUAUUUUGAGUUCUUGGAGGCCUUGUACAUUAAAGAUUAUUAAUACAUGAGCAUUUGGUGUUAAUAACGAGUUGACAAUUAAUAAACUGUUUUUAUUGCUAAAUUGUAAGUGUGGCCUGUUGCCAAUUUGUAUCUUUAUCCUUCUUGACUGUGUUAUUAGGACG